AUGCGAACCCACGACAGCCAGAACGGUGGAGCCUACAACCCGCCAUUUGCGUCACCACCUCCGAUACUUCUCUUUCCCUCUCCCUCCUUCAGGCUUGCAGGAGAGGACAAGAGCUAUCGCUCUGCUGACGCGAAUUGCUCCGAUGACCGAGCGAAUGGAGGCAGAGAGGAAGGUGGAGGGGCAAAAGAUGGGAUGAGAGAAAGAUAUGAGAUGUAUUCAUCCUAUUUCGUUUAA